UCGACAAGGAACGUACAUAGAAAAUCUAUAAAAACAGAUUUCUGAAUUAAAUUCGUAAUUAAAGUGAAAGUGAUUUGCAAAUAUCAAUGUAAAAUUAUUUCCUCCCUUCUUUAAAAAUGAAUUCUGCCUUGAAAACGGGUUCAGAAUAUGAAUUUUCCAACAUUUGCUGCUGUUGCCUUAAAAGCGAUUGUUUUAAAGAUAUUUCUUCUGAAUAUGAAUUUAGCGGGCACAAAGAAGUUUACGGGGAUAUGCUGAAUGAAACAUUUCAUCUGCAGGUACCAAAACACUUCCCCGAAGAUUAUAUCGUUCAGUUGAUAUGUGACCAGUGCAUCGUACAACUGCGAGAGGCGUAUGCAUUCCGUUCCAGGAUGUUGGACAGCCAAGCCGUUAUCCUUCAACGAUGGGAUCAGUUCCAAAGUAGACGUUCUGAAGGAACCACCCAAGAAACGGACUCCACGCUGGUAACAGAAAUCAAAUUGGAGGUGGAGCCUGAGGCUGGCUGCGACGAUGGCGAAACAGGCGCUGACAUUUAUCAAGAAGUAGAUGAAAUCCUGCAGAACAUCAAGAUGGAAUUAGUGGAAAACUCAGAAAAGGUGACACGGAAACGAAAGGGCAACGGGCGGCGCGCCAAGCAGAAGAAAUGCAAGAUCGAAGACGAAAGUGAAGAUAUAACACCAGACCCCCAAAAAGACUGGUCGAAAAUCGUCGAACGCCGCGGCGUAGGACCGGUUCUCCGAGAAAAUUCCCUGAAACUCCUGGCUAACUCCUCCAUAUGCGUCUUCCAAUGGAACAAGAGCUGGUAUAGGUGCUUCUGCUGCCAAGUGGCAUUCCCCGAACUCGAUUCUCUAAGAGAACACACCAGCUCCGAACAUACUCUGGAAGACAUUGAGAAGAAAAUAAUCCAUCAACAGAACCGACUGGUCAAAGUGGAAGUGUCAAUCAUAAACUGCAAAAUAUGCUCGAAAAAGAUCGAAAACCUAACAGAAUUGAGAGAUCAUCUACAUGAAGAACACAAAAUAGAGUUCGUGCACAAGGAAGAUUUGCUAGUACCCUUCAAGAUAAGCAGUCAACUGCAGUGCCAGAUAUGUUCGGAGAACUUUACUGUGUUUAGGUUGCUGAAUAUACACAUGAACAAGCAUUAUCAGAAACAAGUCUGCCAUAUUUGUGGAUCUGGAUUCUCCAAUUUGGUGUUUUUGAACCUUCACAAGUCGAGGGCACACAGGCUGUUCCAUUGUAAAGAGUGCGAUAUGAUAUUCAAUAAUAAAUCUGACAAAAAAUCCCAUGAUGUGACCGUCCAUGAUAUGAAGUUUGAAAGAAAACUACGGUUUCCAUGCCCGUACUGCCCACAAAGGUUUUUCCAAGAAAAUUUCAGAGUGGAACAUCUAGUUGAAAAACAUGGCAUGACCCGGCCAGAACAUAAGUGUGUUGUGUGCUCCAAAGUGUUCAUAACUAGAAGUCUAUGCAAUAACCACAUGAAAAACGUUCAUAAGAAGGAGAAAAACCACGAAUGCGAUAUCUGUCAUAACUUGUUUUACACUAAAAGUGAUGUUCUGAGGCAUCGGGUCACUCAUACGGGGGAGAAAAAGUUUUCGUGCAGUAUUUGUAACAGUCCGUUUGCAACUAAGUGCUCGUUGAGGCGACAUUUGAAAAGAACUCAUGUUGGGAUGCAAUAAAUUGUGAAAAGAU